AUGAUGGGAAGGUUGAGCUAUUCUAAGGGCGUACUCUUGAUGGCUCUUUUGGUCAUUCUCGCUGUGAUUGCAUGCAGUGAUAAUGUCCAUGCUGCUCCAGCUACACCAGCUGAUCCAACAAGGAAACAAACAAAGCCAGUUGCAGCUUCCCCAGCCACACCAGCUGCUAAACAAACCAAUUCAUCCAUUACGGAAAUUUUCACAUGUUUUGGAAUCAAAUCUGAUGAUAAGAAGGUUUGUAAUGGUUUAGGAACUUGUAUUGGAAAAGAUAAAUGUCGUUGCAUGCCUGGAAAAGCUGGUCCAGAAUGUAAACACAGUGGCGGUUUACCUCCAAAACCACAACCAAAGAUUAUCAAUUCUCUAUCCAAGAAUAACUCUACAAAGCCAGUAAUUAAACCAGCCUCUAUUACAGAUCCAUCCACUAAGAAAAAGGAAAUUUUCACAUGUUUUGGAAUCAAAUCUGAUGAAAAGAAGGUCUGUAAUGGUAAAGGAACUUGUAUUGGAACAGAUAAAUGUCGCUGCAUGCCUGGAAAAGCUGGUCCAGAAUGUAAACACAGUGGUGGUUUACCUCCACCAAAACCAAAACCCCAACCAAAGAUUAAACCAGCCUCUGUUACAGAUCCAUCCACCAAGAGUAAGGAAAUUUUCACAUGCUUUGGUAUUAAGUCUGACGAAAAGAAGGUUUGUAAUGGUUUAGGAACUUGUAUUGGUAAAGAUAAAUGUCGCUGCAUGCCUGGUAAAGCUGGUCCAGAAUGUAAGCACAGUGGUGGUUUACCUCCAAACCCAAAACCACAACCAAAACCACAACCAAAGAUUAUCAAUUCUCCAUCCAAGAAUAACUCUACAAAGCCAGUAAUUAAGCCAGCAUCUAUUACAGAUCCUUCCACCAUUGGUUUACCAAUUCCACCAAAACCACAACCAAAACCUUCUCAACAAAAGCGGAAAGAAUCUUUAAUCAAUAACACCAUUAAACCUAAAGAAGUUGAACCAAAGAAGGAUAUCAAAAUAGAUGAAAAUCCUGAAAAGAAAGAAGACGAAAAGAAUAAUGAAAAAACAAAAGAGAAGAGUUCACAAAACAAGAAACUCAAGAGAUGUGGAAAGAAAAAGUGCCAGAAGAGAAAGAAUAAGAAGGAAACAAAUCAAACAACCACCGAAAAGCAAAAGCUUGACACUAUUAUUAAUAUGAUUAGAAAAUUGAUUGCUUCAAAGAGAAAGCCAAGUCCACAACCAAAUCAAACACCUGUUCAAUCUGCUAAUGGUCAAAAGUCAUCUGUAAACAUUUCCAAUAUUAUUAAUGUUGAAAACGAGCAUUGA